AUGAUGCUCACUGACGCCCCCUGUGUCCCUGCAGCCUUCCUGUGCUCCAGCGACUCCACGUACCAGGCCUGUGUGGCUGCCUGUGAGCCUCCCGAGUCCUGCCAGGAUGGGAUGCUGGGCCCGCUGGACCCGGAGCAGUGCCAGGUGCUGGGCGAGGGCUGCGUCUGCUCUGAGGGCACCCUCUUGCACCGCCGCCACUCGGCGCUCUGCAUCCCUGAGGAGAAGUGCGCCUGCACGGACAGCACGGGGGUGCCGCGGGCCCUGGGGGAGACCUGGAACAGCUCCCUCAGCGGAUGCUGCCAACACCAGUGCCAAGCUCAGGACACCAUCGUCCCAGUGGACCUGGACUGCCCGGGCCCCCGCCCUGAGACCUGUCCCCGCUUUGGGGAGGUGGCCCUGCUCCGGCCCACGGAGGAUCCGUGCUGCCUGGGGGCUGUUUGUG